GUGAAGUGAAAGUGAUGAGCGCGUUUGCUGCACGGCAGAAGCUGUGGGGGUCGUCGACGGCAAGCAGUGCUGUCGAGAAGGGCGUGAAUAGGCCCGUUGAAGAAGAUUCUCAGCAAGGAAGGAGUGAGACGCCUUCGUCCCGUGGCAUGGUUAGUCGUGCCGACGCCCAGUCUUCGGACAAAGCCAUCGCCGACUCAGUUGACAUUGCAACAGGUCGUCCAAGGUGUGUGCAAGCUGGUAUCCGUGUGUGUCUCCUACUAUGGCAUUAAUUCAUCUUAGUGCUGCACUAUCUCGUCUUGAUUCGCCUUCCAUCAUCCCUGUCAGGCAGCACUCUUCUAUACGCCCAAACAAAAAGAACUUACAGCGAAAAGCAGGGGGCCAUCUGUUGAUAACUACCCCUGAACCCGAGCGGCUCCUAAUUUUGGGAAGCUACGGUGUCAAGGUGCGGGAAGGCGAGGCCACAAUCGCCGGUGCCGUCUUGACGCCUUCAGAUGAUGUGCAAUGGCUGCAUGCUCCUCACUGCCAUGCCUUGCCCAUACUGCGGACAACAGACGACACUGUGCUCGAGCUGCACCCUCAUCCUGCCGCGCGGGGAUUGAGACAGCUGGAAACGCUGAACCCCGUGUUUUCAAAUCUCUGGAACGAGUCAACCUCACAAGGAGCACCUGGCAGACACAAACCUGCUGGGACCUUUCAGAUCAUCUAUACUUCGGAAGAUGCCCCUAAACGAGCCAUUUUACAAGAGCUAGUCUCCCCUGCUGAAUGGAACAAGAAGCUGUCGAGCCUCAUGGGAGCCAAACGGACAAACACACCGGCUAUCCUAUUAAGCGGCCCAAAGUCAUCAGGAAAGUCAACUUUCGGGCGGCUUCUCACAAAUCGUCUCUUGACCCACCGAGGGGGCUCUAAAGCAAAGACUUGGCCGGCAGUUUACGUUCUUGAUCUCGAUCCAGGGCAGCCGGAAUUCUCGCCUCCCGGGGUCGUAUCCCUCUCCAAGAUCUGCAUCCCCAACCUCUCCCCGCCAUUCUGCCAUCCUACCCUCGAAUCAACAGAAGGACAAUUACGAGCCCAUGCCAUCGCGUCUGUUACCCCGGCCCUCGAUCCGGCACACUUCAUCGAAUGUGCCCUCGACCUCAUCUCUUACUACCGGCGAAGUGCCGACGCCAAGUGCCCCUUGCUGAUCAACACGCCAGGCUGGAUCCAAGGGACCGGGCUCGACAUUCUCUGUGAUCUCAUAACGGCCAUUCUCCCGACAGAAGUGAUCUACAUGUCCCAAGACGGCCCAGAAGAGACCGUCGCCAGCCUUCAGUCCGCCUGCAACAGCGCCUCAACCAACCCUAUCCCGCUCUCCACUUUGCCCUCCCAACCAGGGGAUCCCGCUUCAUCGCGCACACCUCUCAGCCUCCGCACGAUGCAGACCAUGUCCUGCUUCCACCAGAGGCCGCAGCGCGACUCUCAAACAGGGGGCGAAUGGGACCCCACCCCACUCACGCACGUCCGCCCCUGGCGGGUGCGGUAUUCGGGCCCAGAGAACAAGAGAGGAUUCCUCGGACUGCUCUGCUACGACCACCAGCCGGCGCCCGAGCUCCUGGCCGAAGCGAUCAACGGCACCGUGCUGGCCCUCGUGAAGUUGGAAUCCCGCGCCGCCCUGCGGGAUCUCCUCCUACCCCUCCCCUCUUCGUCUCAAGGUCACAAUCCUCAGCCACCCACCACCAGUGCUGGAGAAGAAGACGACGCAAUUGUUGCACCAACCUCUUCCUCAAAGGUGAAUGUGCGUGCCGCCGCAGGCCACACACACCCCCUGCCGCUCAUCCCCAACCCACUCGGCCGCAUCCUCGACCCGCGCCAUUCCCGCUUACUCGGCCUGGUCCUUGUGCGCGGCGUGGACGUGGCGCGCGGUGAGCUGCAGCUGGUCACGCCGCUGCCCGCGGAGCACAUCGCUACAGUGCCGGGUCAGGAGCUUGUCCUUGUCGCCGGCCGGUUUGAUACCCCCACCUGGGCGUACGCCGAGGACCUGUACUCCCGCCGGGCUGCUGCCAAAGGUCAACGGAAGGGGUUGAGUGGUGGUGGCGGUGAUGAUGAUGAUGAGGAUGAGGAUGGGGAUGGGGAUGGAGAUGAGGAUGAGGAAGGUGAAGGUGGGAAGGUGGUGCAGGAGAGGUGGAGUGAGGUACCCUGGGUGGAAAUGCUGCAUGGGAGUCAGAAGAAGGCCGUUGGGAGCAAGGUAUGGAGGGUGAGGAGAGAUCUUGGCAGGGGGUGAGGGCUUCACGACCCUUUGGGUUCGGUCUUUUGAGUGAAAGGCCCAGACAGGAUGUGAACGAUACACCAGCCCUGCGAGAGUCGUGGGUAACUGCAUCAACCACGCUUACUAGACUAGAACGUCCAAGG